UGGUGGUGUUGGUGGUGUUCGUAACGCGAAUAUUCACCACGCUCGCCCAUGGGGUUUUGUAUUAUUUUUUAAAUCUCUCCUACUACUACUGCUGCUACUACACGACACGUUGCCUCGGGAGCGUCAGAACGAACGGGCCAUGCUAACGUCUAAAGUUACUCGCUCCGCGUGAGGGCGACAAAGCAAGGCAGUAGGAGCAGCAGCAGAGCGGUGGGUUUUUUUGGAGUUCGGCUCGGGAAGCUGUGGCCGUGUUUGUGGGAGGAGGUGGGGGGGGGAAUCAGGCGGCCGUGAGACCAGGCCCCAGUGUACGAGGGAGCCGUGGGCGAAGCCCCCAAAAGGUGUCACACUGUUCGCGACAAGAAGCCGCCGAGCCUUGAGGACGAGACCUAGCCAGAGGCAAAGACAAGAAGAAAGAAGCACAGAGCGUGGAAACGCAGGUGGAGGAGAGGUGGAAGGAGCGACACGGGGCGAAGAGGAGGCGGUGAACACGGGAGGAGGAUUAGGAACGUGGGAGAAGAAGGAAGAGAGGCAGAGGAGAAAGCGAGGGAGGAGGAAGGGCAUUAGGAAUACCGGAGGAGGGAUCGUUAACACGGCAGGAGCAUAAGGAGGAGGCCGCAGCACUCGGCGGUAACCAUGGCCGUGGAGGAGCGGCUGCAUUCGCCGCACCGGGGUUUCCCGGCGUGGCUUGGCACGCGCGGGCUCAGCCCCGAGAUCGCGCUCGCCAUGGACACCGAGCUGGGCAUCCGGGACUACGAGGUGCUGCUUGCCUGCGCCGAGGACCUGCAGGUUCGCUCCGAGCUCUUCUCAGUCGCCCGCGAGCGCCUGCCCUUCGGCUUCUACGCCGUGCUGCGCCGCGUGGUGGCGGCGUUCCCGGCGGAGCGCGUCGGCGACUGCGGCGCCGCCGCGUCGGGCCGAUCGUGCCCCGGCCUCGGCUCGCUGCUGGAGGCGCUCGUGAACACGCUGAGCAGCCUGAGCCGCGAGCUCCUCCGCUCGGCCAACAAGUUGAGCGCGCUGGACCUGGGCACGCCGCGGGAUGGAGACGGAGUUGCCGACUCCGGCGGCGCCGACGGCAGCGGCGACGGAGAGGCGCCGGGGCAGAGGCAACGGCAGCGUCAGCAACGUGGCGGCACGCACCGCUAUUCAGAUGUUGCCGACCAUGGCACCGAGGAGGUGUGCGAGAUGCCAGCCGAGGAGGUGGACGACCACGACGACGACGGCGAAGAGGAGGAGGAGGAUGUGGAAGUGCCUUCGGGAUGGAGAGUCAACCAGAUGACAGAGACCUCCUACCCCAAGCUCCCUGCAGAUUCCGCGCAAGGGCCCCUGCUGAGGAUGAGCGAGAUGCUGACCUCGGCGAGCUCGGCGACCUCUCCCGCGGUGGUGGAGGUUGGCGGUUCGGAGCUGGAGGCUAGCCAGGUCGUGGUGAAGGCGGAGGCUGUGGACGAAGGCGGCUGGGGCAGGGAACCCGAAAGAAUCUGGAACCCCGCCAGCGCCCUUUACGUUCAGCAGCAGCAGCAGGUGGUGGCGGACAUCAAGCCGGUCGCAAACGUUCGCCGCAUCCCGGCGCCGGCAAGGAACCCGGCUCGUAGUGGCGACCGCCCGCUGUCGCAUCCCUACCCGCUGUCGGCGCGCGAACUCGGCGAGACCGGCGGCACCCACCACCACCACCGCCCCGUAAUCGCCGCACGCCCCGGCGCGCCGGACUGGCGCCCCGGCCUCCGCCGCCGCUGCCGCCGACGAGUGGAACGGGCAGCUCGCGCUGGCGCCCGGCGAAGGCGGCGGCUACGGCGACGGCAGCGGAGACGGCGGCGCCGGCGUGUUCGGCCGCAACGCGAGCCGCUGCGAGGAGUGCGGCAAGGAGUUUUCGACGCCGUCGUACCUGACGAUCCACCGGCGCACGCACACGGGCGAGCGGCCGUACAACUGCGAGUUCUGCGGGCGCUCGUUCGGGCACCUGGCGGUGCUCACCAGCCACCGGAGGCGCCACACGGGCGAGAAGCCCUUCACGUGCAAGCGCAAAGGAGGAUCUGUACGGGCGCCAUCGCCUCUGGGUCAAAACGACGAUGUUAUGCAUUUCCUGGAUUUCAGGCCCGGCACACGUGA